CUGAUGUGACUCUGGACCGCAACUCAGCACAUCGCAGUCUCAUCCUGUCUCCCGAUGGGAAACAAGUGAAAGAUGGAGACAAAAAUCAGAACCUCCCUGACACUCCACAGAGAUUCGAUCCUGUUGUUUCUGUGCUGGGCAGGAAGGGAUUCUCCUCUGGGAGACACUACUGGGAGGUAGAAGUGGGGGAGAAAACCGAGUGGACUUUAGGAAUUGCAAAAGAGUCCAUCAAGAGGAAGGGGAAAAUAAUACUGGAUCCCAAAAAUGGUUACUGGACAAUAUGGCUGAGAAAUGGGAAUGAGUUUAAAGUUCUUGCUGACCCUUCUGUCCUCCUCCCUCUGAGCCUGAAGCCCCAGAAGGUGGGGAUCUAUGUGGAUUAUGAGGAGGGACAGGUCUCCUUUUACAAUGUGGAGACCAGAAAUCACAUCUACACUUUCACUGACACCUUCACUGAGAAACUGUAUCCAUACUUCAAUCCCAGCAUCAAUGAUGAUGGCAAAAACUCUGCCCCACUGAUCAUCUCUCCCACUGAGAAAACCUGACUAAACGUGAAAUGUAUGUUUCUCAUUAUGCUCCAUAUAAACAGUUGAUUUAUACAUUUUGAUGAUUCAUCGUAACUUUAAAUAACAUUUUUGUGCUUUAAUCGUAAAAGUAAAU